AUGGAGAACCGAGUGUCUCUUGGCUAUAUCCAGCGGGCCGUGUGGGAAGGGCGCUUACCACUGGAGAUCGUCCUGGCUCCAUCUGAAAGUCGAACUUUUGAUAAAACAGAUCCAUAUCUUAUCGCGUAUUCACGCAUCGCAUAUCUCCCCUCCUUGCUCCCCAGGCUUCGAGCUUUCUUUUCUAGUUCAUUGAUAGACCCAAACUCCCAGUCUCACGAUGGCUGGUUUGAGUUUGAAGGCGUGCCUCUGAAAUGGCACUACCCAGUCGGGCUUCUAUUCGAUCUCUACGCCGGCGUAGACCCAGCCUCAAAGACCGCCGCCAGAGGCGACGAGUCCCCCGAGAACGGAUCAUCACCCUGGCGUCUGAUUGUGCAUUUUAGCGACUGGCCUGAUGAUCUUGUCCGACUUGAUGCCAACGGAAUGGUCAUGAAUGACGCUUUCAUCAACAGUGUGAAGGAGGCAGACUUCCUCCGAAACGGCACAGCCAAAGGCAUCAUGAGUCUCUCCAAAGAAGAUUCAUCGGGUCUUUGGAGGGCGGUCGAAGAAAUCGACCUUCCCUCCUUCCAACGCAUAUCAAGUAUUCUACUUCCUCCGCUUUCGCAACCUUUCCGCAACGUACCGAUCCGCAUCUUCCUGCCUCUUCCUCCAGACUCCGAGUCUGCGGCGCUGAAAGUAGUACAAUCGCCACUUCCGCCAUUCGUGCAGGCAUCCAGUAUGCAGUCAAGUCAAAUCUUAACAUCGCGGACCAGCCAUGCCACCCAAGCUCAAACGAUCGGAAGUGUUUUGCACGCUUUAUUACCAAACCUCUUUCCCAGUCGCAGAACUCCCGUUCUUGCGAAGCCGGUUUUACACGGCGCUGUGAUACCAAUGUCUGCUCCAAUCGAAGAGGUUGUACGGAGCUCUGCUUACGGUGAUGGGUGGGCGUAUCUAGUCGUCCGGAUGAUGGGCUGA